AUGGCGGACGCAGAUGAGGAUGUCAUUCCACGUGGACCGGACGUAGGGGACCUCGAUCUAUCAGAUGAGACACAGGACUUUCGCUUCCUUCUGAACUUCUCCAGCGAUGAUGCGAAGAUUCCGAAAAGAGGUGAGAAGGACUUUGAACCUCACCACACAGACCUUCAGUCGAAAACACUGGCAGAUUCGAGGGAUGCUAUGCACACAGCACUAUCGUUCCAGCGUGUGCAUCAACCGAAGAAGUAUGUUCUGGCUCACUACCAUCCGGAGACCAACAUGGCGUACACAGAGGAUCCCAAAGGACCAUUGUUCAAGAGUAUGGGGAAAGUUUUCCCUGCCAAAGAAGAUCCACUCGGACCCCGUACCGCUGGAGAGAACAGGAUCUGGUUGCUUCCGGAAGAAGUCAUCUAUCUGCUUGAGCGAGGAACUAUUGAUGUUCGAUGGCCAGUGGAUGAGGACGAUGAAGAUGGUGAGGGCUUGCCCAUGAGUCUUCAAGGCGCGUACGCUGCGUUCUUGGGCAUGGAGGGUGACGGCGAAGGUGCUCUGACUUUCGAGAAGUAUUCUGUAUACUCUGGUUUGAAGAGAUCAGGCUAUACAGUCCACAGAGCUCCGAGCUGGGACGGUCCGGGCAGUGAUCCUGGAGACGACUGCUAUCCGCCUGUGCAAGGCACGUCUUGGAGCCUGGGCUUGCUCAGGGACAAGUGGCAAAGCAUGUUCAUCCCUCGAUCCGCAACAGAAACGGAGCAGAAAGCUGGACCGUUGGUAAAACCAGGGCUUUAUCGCAAUUAUGCUGAAAUUUAUCGCCGUCUUGCAAUCAUCCCAAGCUACGAUCCGACAUCCAGAACAAAGGAUUCCGCAAAUGCGACAGAUCCUGCUUUCAGAAUUACAUACCACCUGUGGAAGCCUGGCUCAACAACUUACAAGAAAAGCGACCCUGGCACGCCUGACUUCCGCAUCGCAGUCAUCAAUGCUAGAGAGACUUCUGUUCCAACGCUUGCCCAGCUGAGUGCUCUUAUCGACACUCAAUCAUACGAGCCACCUCGUAAAGAUGUACAGCUGUAUCAAAAGUUGCGUAAUGGAUACAAGAGCGUUAUCCUGGCUGUUGUGGAUCAAGGUGUUACAAGUUAUUUGAGGCUCGCAGAUGCAGGAUUCUGCAGAGAGAAGCUGUUCGAUCGCAAGCCCCCGGCUGCAAGGAAAGGUGGCAAAGGUGGAAACUGGAAGAAGAACAAGCGAUAG